AUGAAAAAUCGAUUGCCGGUUCUACUGGCGACGGCGUGGGUCACGGUACGCGGUUCGUCCGGCCGCACCGCCGUCGUCAGAGCGUUACUCGAUCAAGGCUCCGAGAUGACGUUCAUCUCGGAGAACUUGGCGCAAAUUUUGCGAGUCAAACGCAUUCGCAUGCCGAUCUCUAUUUCCGCCGUCGGCGGAGUUCACGCCGGGACAUUCCAACACGCCGCGAGCAUCUUCGUCUCUCCGCGCGCGUCUCUCGUCUCUGCGCUCGCGACCACCGCUCUCAUUCUCAAGUCGGUAAUUUCAUAUAUUCCGAAACGAAACACGGAUAUCUCGUCGCUCUCUUAUCUCUCCGAUUUACCACUCGCGGACACGGAUCCGACGAGUCGCGAUCCCAUAAGUAUCAUUAUUGGAGCAGAUCUCUAUAAUGAGAUCAUUCUCGAUGGCAUUCGCAAGGGAGAAAUCGGGCAGCCUGUCGCGCAGAAUUCCGUGUUCGGAUGGGUCAUCUCAGGACCCGUAAAUACGUCCCCGCAUAAUGAUUCAGCGGAAUUUCCUCGAAUCUCGACUCAUCAUAUCUGUACCCUCUCGCUCGAAGAGGAACUUCGCCGAUUCUGGGAGAUCGAGAAACUUCCGCGACAAGCCGUUCUCACGCCUCAAGAAAAAGAAUGCGAGGAGCAUUUUCGCUCGACUCAUUCUCGUAAUUCCGAGGGACGCUAUAUAGUGCGUCUCCCGUUCAAAAGGGGCCCUCCUAUCGAUAUCGGAAGUUCUGCAUGUCAGGCCGAAAAAUUGUUAAAGUCGCUAACUCGCCGACUUCGCGAUAAACCGGAAUUCGCGAAGGAAUACUCGGAUUUUCUUGACAAGUAUGAACGCCUUGGGCAUAUGCGACCCGCGUCGACGCUUCAAGAGGACGAACAAAGCGUCUAUCUUCCGCACCACGGGGUGAUUCGUGAAGAUAGCACGACCACGCGUCUCCGUGUCGUGAUCAACGCGUCUAGCGUCAUCUCAAACGGCACCUCUCUUAACGAUCAUCUGCAUGUCGGGCCGAAGAAGCAAACCGAUAUCUCGGCGAUAAUCGCGCGUUGGCGAAGAUACCGAUACGUCUAUUCGGCCGAUAUAGCAAAAAUGUAUCGCCAAAUUCUCGUUGAUCUUCGCGAU